GAGAUGCGCACCGUUGUUUAGUUUCACUUCCGCAUUUGGAGAAUGACAAAGUAUUGGCUGUUCGAUGUACUGUUCUGAGAUAUGUUGAGAUCCAGUUGAUUGAAUUGUAAAUUAUCCGGGAUUGAAUACAGAUCUGAGCAAUAGUGUUUUUGUCCAUUCUUUCGACGGUUUUGGCAUGACUAAUCAUAACUCCUAGUACAGUGGGCUAACCUCGAACGAAGGAAACUGGAAGUGUGCAUCGUUACCGUCUCAUUUUGUAGCAACCUUCCCCUCUACAAUCGUCUUGAUAGCAAUCUUCUUCACUACUGUGCAACGAAAUAAUUCAGAAACAUGUCCCUGGUCGUGGCGAUCACCUUUCAGUUGAUGUUGUUGAUGGUUGAUGGGCUAGCGAGCAAUUAUACGAAGAACUGCAAGCUGGGCCCGGGCACGGCUGAGCGUGAUGCUCUUAACCUUCUAGAGCCGCUCACGAAUAAAAAUUAUUCUGCUGUACACCAAAUGGGCGGCGACACCUACACCUACUACUUUCAGGUGUGUGGAGAUGCAAAUGGGACACCAGGUGCUGGACUGGUUCAGGUAGACGCCCAACAGAAAAAAGUUGUGAUUGGAUACUACAAUACCACACAGGCCAUUUCAGGAAGUGACUGGGUGAUGCUCACUUAUGGACUUGGAGAGAAGUACGACAAGCACUGCAGCCAGGAGCACAGAAGAGCCUUGAUUAUGAUCUCCUGCGACCGAAAUGUUGCUGCGAGCGAGCUGAAGGUGGUGGUAGAGAACAGGGAUCGAUCGGAAUCCUGCUUCUACCUGUUCGAGCUGGAUUCCAGUGCGGUGUGUCCCGUGGUGCCCUCCAAGCUCAGCGCUGGCUCUGUGCUGCUCAUCAUAGCUGUCUGUUGCUUGGCGGUGUAUCUGAUUGGAGGAUUCCUCUACAUGCGAUUGGUUGUUGGAGCCAAAGGGGUGGAGCAGUUCCCACACUAUGCCUUCUGGUCUGAAAUUGGCAACCUGUCAGCGGAUGGCUGCGAUUUUGUUUGCCGUUCCCGUGGCAACCGCCAGGAACCACCCACAUACACGGGUGUGGCAACAGAACCUCUUGGGGAGGAGCCGGAGGAGAGGGAUGAUCACCUGCUCCCCAUGUGACCGCGUGGUAUGCAAUGCAUGUGGAACGGCAGUGCUUUGCUGUGACGGCUGUUUUGAUUUUGAUACCGAGAAAAAAACACAACAGGAGUGGCUAGAUCGGGUCUCCGAGGGCCAUUAUCGCUGAAUGGCUCUCCCUACUGCUCUGCUGUACUUGUGUUCCCUCAUAAGUUGGCAGUGGCACUAGUAUUGUAUAAUUUUUCCGAAUACCUGUGUGCAUUGUUGCAGUCCUAAACCUGAUCUCCACCCUGUCACAUUACCUCUGCCUUGAAGGAAUUUGCUACAGGAAGUGAAAGUCCUUGUCCUUGCAAUGUUUCACUCAUCAAAAAGUGAGAGUUGGAAACACUGUCAAGUGAAAACUCAGAUUAGAAUUUUUCUAAUCAUAAUAUCAUCAUUGAUCAUUAUAUCAGUUUUAAUAAGACCAACAGUCCACACUAUGCAUCCACAUUUGGUUAUAAGCAGAUGCACCCAUUUCCUGAUAGCUGAUAUUUUGAGAGCAAAGUUGUGAGAAAAUGCACUGACGAAGAGAAGCACUUACGUGAGCACUUGAUGCCAUUUCAGGGAGUGUGAUAUAUUGCAGACAGGGCUCUGACCAAAAACAUUUUUUUUGUUCUUUUUUUCCAACUUGUUACAUUUGUUUUGGUUUGAACAGCUUUGAAUAUUGUGCAAUAGCUCCAUUCUUGUGUUUGUCUGCAAGUUGAUAAUUUGACAUCAAAGAUGCAGUGGGUCAGUUCAAUAUUCACAAAAUAGUUGCAGGCUAGCAGCUACUAGAUGUGUUUUCUAAAUACUCAAAUUUGUCCCGUACAUUUUCUACAGCACUCUGUUUGCAGCUCUUUCAAUUAUAUCCUCAAAGCCCUACAAUAAUGGACAUUAAGACAUAUAUCCCUUGCUGUGAUUUUGUUAAGUUCAGUUUUCAUACUUUCUAGCAAAAAUAUAGGUCUUGGCAUAAUAAAAUGGACAUGUAAGGGUGCUCUCAAACAUAAGAGACUUGGACUGAAAACAAUGUUUUUAGUGUGCCCAUAUCUCUCUAAUUUCUCUAUACAAACAGCUCCAGGAUGCCCCUCUUGCAGUGAAGCACAAUCACUACUGGUGAUUGUGCUGGUCAUAUGUUAGGUGGAUGAACACUGGCUCCUAGGUUUGGGACUCUAGCUCUAAAAAGAGUUAUGUGCUCUGGGUAUGAAUUCAUUUCAACCAGGUGAAAUGUUUGAACUGACAGCUUGCCGUUUUUGUGCUCAUGAUUCCUGCAGAGAAAAUGUGUGUGGUUUUUUUUUUUUUUUUUUUUUGCUUUUGCAUUAAAAUUAGCUGAUGUGAAUAA